GAGCCGCGGGAGUAUCAAGAUGCGUAUACAGUUAGACGGGCAGUUAGCCAGCUGCCUGAAGCAAGAAUUAGCUAUGGAUCGAGUUGUUUACAAAAUGAUUCGAAGCGACACGUGUUUUAUACAGAAUUGUUCUUAAAAUAAAGACGUAAAUAUGUGCCCUUGUCGUCGUAUUAUCUAAAAAAAAUUGUCAGAAAAGUUUGAUGGGGAGUUUUACACUUUAGCUACUUGGCUACCUAACUAGCUACUGUGUCUAAGUAGCAAGCCUGCUAACAACUGCUCAAGCGGCGGCUGAUCACUGCAUGACUCAUGACCAUGUCCUCGAAAGUUUGGCAGCAUCCUUAUGUUGAUAUAUUCAAGCACGUAAAGGUUGAAGAAUGGAGAAAGUCAUCCAAAGAGGGAGAUGUCACCACCUAUAUGGACAAAACAUUGAAAGCAUCAGUUUAUCGAAUACGAGGAUCAAUUCCAGCAAGCAACUACAUCCUUUUGCCCAAAACCAUCAGCCAGUCACUUGGACUGACUGGACACUAUUUCUAUCUGCUCUUCAGACCCAGCCCUACAAAACACUUUGUUGUUCAUUUAGAUGUUGCCUCUGAGGAGGGCCAAGCGAUCCGCAUCUCCUUCUCCAACCUGUUCAAGGAGUUUAAGUCUACAGCAACCUGGCUGCAGUUCCCCUUCCUGUGCGGAGCAUCCAAAGGCUCUGUGUACGAGGCCACAGCCAAGACAGCAAGACCUGACCUGGGGAGUCCUGCUCCAGCCCGUGUGCGCUGGACCUGUCUGGUGCUGGACCUGCGGUACAUCCUAUCUGUCUACCUGAACCGGCGCCACAGCCACCUGAAGAGCGUCAGGCUGUGUGCCAGCAUGUCCGUGAAGAACCUCUUCACCAGUGACAUCUUGUUUGAUCCUGGGAUGUCGUUCGCCGAGGCCAGACAGGUGGGAAUGCUGUCCUUGUCUGGCACUGGACCGAUGCCACGGGUGAUGUGCUUCCCUGUGCCCAAGGGAGAGAACUGGCACAAUUUGUAUGACUAUAUCAGGUUUCCUUCUAGUGGAGCCAAGAUGCCCCAUGAUUCCUUUAAGAAAGCGGAAAGCAGUCCUGCCACCAGUAUCACUACAUGCGACAGCUCACCGCGAGAGCUGUCACACAGUACGAGCAUCAGCAAGCCUGUGCAGGACAGGAUCUCACUCAUCCAUCAGAUCACCACCCCAAAACCAAAACCGAGCCAGCGCACUCCUCUGGUCUCCGGCAGCGUGCCUGAGCUCGGUACAUUGCCUGCUCAGUCCCUCACCCACAACCGGCCAAAGAACUGGAGGCCCCAGGAGAAGGAGGAGCCCCGGCAGGAGUUCGCUGCCUCUGAGGAGGGCGACAGGGGUGUGCAUGUUUUUGUACAUCAAGACGACGACGUCGUGACUUCAGGAGCAGACAGUGAUGAGGAAGAGAUGCUGUGUGCCAGAGUCUCACGUCCAAUUCAGCUGCCUUCAAAGAAGGAUACUAACCAGCAGAAGCUGCAGCCUGACCCCAUCCUGAGGCUGAACAGGAUCAUUGGUUUUGGGGGCUGCACCACCAAAUUCGCUCUGUGGACCAGAUCGGGAGAUUCGGUGGUGUACCCCUGUCACGCCAUGAUCGUCUCCUUGGAGAUCGCCACAGGGGAGCAGAGGUUUUUCAUUGGCCAUACAGAUAAGGUGUCUGCGCUGGCAUUCAGCGGCAGCGGGACCAUGCUGGCAUCUGCGCAGACGGGCAGCCUGGGUGUGGUGCGCGUGUGGGACUACCAGCGGGGCAGCUGCGUGGCCAUGUUCAAGAGCCUCGCGCGCUCACUGUCCUCGCUCAGUUUCUCAUAUAACGGGGGGGUGCUAUGUGGUGUAGGCAGGGACAACCAUGGCAAAACUAUGGUGGUCAUGUGGGACACGCAGCGGGCGGCCAGCGGGGGCGAGGUGCUGCUCCUGGCCAAGGCGCACACAGACGUGGACGUGCAGGCCAUGAAGAUCUCCGCCUUCGACGACACCAGGAUGGUGUCCUGCGGCAGGGACAACAUCCGGCUGUGGCGGCUGCGGGGCGGCUCUCUGCGCUCCUGCCCCGUCAACCUGGGCGAGUACCACAGCUUGGACUUCACAGACGUGGCCUUUGGGGAGGGACCCUUUGCAGACAGGGAGCCUGAGGCCCGAUCUCUGUUCGCCAGCAGCAGGAGCGGGCAUGUCCUGGAGGUCGACUGCCAGACUGUGACGAUCUGCAGCGUGAGGCGGCUCCUGCCCGUUCAGCGGGCACACAGCCAGCGCAGGGAGAAGCAGACCUUCAGCUCCGACCCGGGCAUCGCGGUGAACAGCAUCAGCGUUUCCUCGGCCCUGUGUGCCACGGGCUCGGAGGACGGCUACCUGCGCGUGUGGCCCCGGGACUUCUCCGCGGUGCUCCUGGAGGCGGAGCACGAUGGGCCGGUGAGCUUGGUGUCCGUCAGCGCCGACGGUCUCCGGGUCCUGGCGGCCACCAGCACAGGGAGCCUGGGCUUCCUGGACGUGAGCAGCCGCUCGUACCGCACCUUGAUGAGGUCGCACACCGACGCCGUGCUGGCCUUCAGCGUGGAUGGCGUGCGGCGGCAUGUCGUCACCGCCUCCUGCGACUCCACCGUCCGUGUCUGGGACCUGGCCUCCCUGCAGCAGCUGUAUGACUUCGCCUGCGAGGACACGCCCCGCUCGGUGGCCUUCCACCCUUCUCAGCAGGUGUUCUCUUGUGGCUUCGGCUCCGGCACCGUGCGCGUGUUCCAUAUCGCCACCUCCAGGCUGCUGGCGGAGCACAAGCAGCACCGAGGGGAGGUGACAGGCCUGAUCUUCUCCCCUGACGGCCAGCACAUGUACAGCUCAGGCUCCCUGGGCACCCUGGCCCUCUACGACUCUUCCCAGGACGACCACCACGUCCUGCGGGUCCUCGGUAAGGUGGUGGCACGGGGCAGCGAGCGUGGCCCGGAUGCCCUGGCCCUCAGCACAGACAGCCGCAGCCUGGCAUUUGUGGGGCCAUCGGAGUAUACUGUCACUAUCAUGAACGCCCGCUCCCUUGACGAGUGUGACGUUCUUCCCUCUCAGCUGCUGCGGGUGGAUGUCAGUAUCCUAGAUGUGGACAGCACCUCCCUGGAUUCGGCUGUGAAGGUGUGUUUUGCCCCAGCCUCCACAGGGCACCUGCUCGUCAGCACUUCCGCUAACAAGAUCCUCUGGCUGAACGCCGGGACGGGCCGGCUGCUCAGGCAGGUGUCUGAUGUGCACAAGCAGCAGUGCUCCUCUCUGGCUGUCAGCGAGGACGGCCGCUUCCUGCUCACAGCCGGGCACAAGGCCGUCAAGGUGUGGGAUUACGCCAUGCGGCUUGACGUCAACUCGCAGGUGUUUAUUGGACAUUCCCAGCCCAUCCAGCAGGCUGCUUUCACCCCAGACCAGCUGGGUGUGCUCACCGUGGGUGACGGCAUCUACUACUGGGACUUCCUGGCCCAGCCCCGGGAGUCAGCGAAGGAGAAAAGCUCUCCUCGGAUAUCUGCCUUCGUCCAAUCAGGUCCUCAUGGUUCCCUGGGCGGCUCAGAUGCCAGCGUCAGCAGGACGGUUCUGUCCAAUGGGAUGCCCAGAGAGACGGCCCCCCUCCCCUCCUCCCCCCCACCCCGCCUGGACAUGACCUCUAUCAGCAAGACAGGUCAUGAAGCUCUAGCCUUCCUGUCGCUGUGCGAGGAGAGUGAGGAGCAGCGGAAUUCCGAAGCCGCUCCUGCUCCGGGCUUGGGGUCCUUCCUCCGAGUCACAAACAUGGCGGGCGACGGAGAUGAGUAUGACACCGGAAGUAGCCAGUGGAGGGGCUCCGGUCUCCAAAAAGGGUUUGAUGGUGAAGAACAGAGGUCCCUUAUUCGUCCAGAUUGCUAUAAGCAUUUUACUCCACGCUUCAAAAUCUCUUGCCUGGAUCAGAGUGCCAUGCCGCCCUGCAACGGAAAUGAGGGCCUCGUGCUGAAGGCGGUGAUCGGAUACAACGGCAACGGGCGCGGAAACAUGAUCUGGAAGCCGGACACGGGCCUGUUUGCGUACACGUGCGGCUGCGUGGUCGUUGUGGAGGACCUGCACACCGGCACUCAGAGGCACUGGCUGGGCCACUCCGAGGAGGUCUCCUGCCUGGCCGUCACUAACGAUGCACAGACUGUGGCCUCGGCGUCAGGAGGAGCCGGUGGAUCCCGCAGUCUCAUUUGCAUCUGGAACGUUCGCGAUGAUGUCCGGAAAAAUACCCUAUCCUACCACAAGGGGGAGGUGCAGGGCAUCACGUUCUCCAGGGAUGACAUGUUCUUCCUCUCCAUUGGUGACUACAGGGAGCCCGGCCUGGCCCUCUGGAGCACCAGGACGUGCCAGCUGCUGACCGCCGUCGCUCUGCCUGAGCCUCUCCACGAUGCUGCCUUCAGCCCUGGCUCUGCCAGCCUUUUGGCGUGCGUGGGCAGCGCCAGCGCCCUCUUCUACCUCCUCGAGUGUCACGGCCAGGACGUUCAGCUGAAGGUGCAGAGGGCAGCCGUGCCAACGGAGCUGGGUGACACUGAGCUGACAGCGCUAUGCUACGGCGAUGCGCCCAUCCUGUACACGGGCACCAACGCCGGCCAUGUCUGUGCCUGGGACAGCGGCACCGCCCGCUGCUUCAUGACCUGGGAGGCCGAUGACGGAGAGAUCGGGGUUCUCUUGUGCCGAGGGAGCCGCCUGCUGACUGGCAGCAACACCUGGAGGGUGAGGCUCUGGGCAGUGGGGGCCAUCCAGCGGCUGAGGCCUGGAGCGAGUGACAGCAUGGACAGCAGCAUGUCAGUGCUGAUGGAGCAGGAAAUGACGCUGGACGGCACGGUGGUGAGCGCGGCUUUUGACGACGCCCUGGACAUGGGCAUCGUGGGCACCACUGCAGGCACGCUGUGGUACAUCAGCUGGGCUGAGAGCACCAGCAUCCGGCUCAUCAGCGGCCACAGGGACAGGGUGAACAGCGUGGUCUUCAGCCCAGAUGAGGGCCGCUUUGCCACAUGCGGGGAGGACGGCAGCCUGCGUGUGUGGGCCAUGCCCAGCAACGAGCUGCUCGUGCAGUUCCAGGUGCUCAACCAGGGCUGCUCGUGCGUCUGCUGGAGCCCCUUGCCAAGCGUGUCCCCGGGAGAGCAGCGUGUGGUGGCGGGGUACAGCGAUGGCACACUGCGUGUUUUCUGCCUGGGCACCUCAGAGAUGGAGCUGAAACUCCAGCCUCACUCCGUGUCCAUCACGGCCGUCCGGUACUCGGCAGAAGGUCAGGUUGUUCUGUCGGGGGGCAGCGACGGCCUGGUGGCUGUCAGUAGCCCCUUGACUGGCAUGACCAUCCACAUCAUAAGUGACCACAAGGGGGCUCCCAUCACCUCCAUCCAGUGUGUCAGAAAGAAGUAUGAAGAAUUUGGUCUCAAAGGUAAUGAGAUGUGGCUAGCAUCCAGCGCAGACAGGCGUGUCAGUAUCUGGGUGUCUGAUUGGAUGAAGGACAAAUGUGAGCUUCUGGAUUGGCUCACGUUCCCAGCCCCUUCCACUACUGAGGAGCUCGACAGCCCACCGCCCAGCCUGGGAGCUUUCUGCCCCCAGAAGUCGAGCAUCGUCCUUUACACCGGGUAUGGAGUGGAGAGGGAGCUGAUAUUCUACAGCUUAUCCAAGAAACAGAUUGUUAGAAAGAUUGCCCUGUCGCACUGGGCCUCAUGUCUGAGUCCCUCUCCCCAAGGCCAUCUUGUUGCGGUCGGCUGUAACGAACGACUGCUAAAAAUCAUCAGGGCCACCGACGGGAAGUUCCUUGAUUUCCCAAUGCACAGCGAUUCUCUACAGGUGUGCGGGUUCUCCCCUUCGGGAAAGUACCUCUUCACUUCUGCUUACAACGAGAUUUUUCUGUGGGAGGUGAAGGGGCUGUAGUUGUGAGAUUGAGCAGAUCCUCACAUUGUUGCCUUCGGUGCUGAGUAACACACCCCUAACUUCUAUCUGAGUAGCACGGUCCGAUUGCCAAAUACCAAGAUAAUCCCAUAAGACUCAUGGAAAUGCUUCUGUGCUUAUAGAAGACUUGUUUUUAUGCAAUUUAUAAAAAUGUUGUUCUUGUUUACUGCUUUGGGUAGUCAGUGUAGUAUUUUAUUUUGUGAUAUAUUUAUUUUUGUAUUUGUAUAAUGAAAACUUCCUUGACAUUGUUUCUUUAAUUGGCAUGAUGUUAUUGUUUACCUGCCUGUGAAUGCUGACAAAACCCACUGAUUGCUCAACAUGCACGUUUUCUUUCAUUUUAUAUGCCUCACAUUGAUUUUAAAUGAUGUUGUGACUUUCAGUUGUACUACCAGACUUUAAUUGAAAUUCAGUGCCUUUUUUUACAAUUUUAUGAAAAGGGUUGCUUGCUUCAUAAAAGUCUUUUUAAACUAAUUUUUAAUAAAUCUGAACAUUUUGAAUUGUU